CGCGGGGGUCCGUAGGGUCGGGGGUCGCCCCGGGGGCCCGGCCAUGGCCUCGGUGCCCGUGUACUGCCUGUGCCGCCUGCCCUACGAUGUGACCCGCUUCAUGAUCGAGUGCGAUGGCUGCCAGGACUGGUUCCAUGGCAGCUGUGUGGGGGUGGAGGAGGAGGCGGCGGCCGAGAUCGACCUGUACCACUGCCCCCAGUGCGCCGUGCUCAGGGGGCCUUCCGUCAUGAAGCGGCGCCGUGGCCCGGCCAAGGCCCCGGAGCAGGACCCCGGCCGUCCGGCCCGCACGGGCAGUGCCCAGUUCAUCCGGGAGCUGCGGGGCCGCACCUUCCCCAGUGCGGACGAGGUGCUGCUGCGGCCCAGCGGGGCCCAGCUGACCGUGGAGUACCUGGAGGAGAACAGCUUCAGCGUGCCCAUCCUGGUGGCGCGGCACGAGGGGCUGGGCAUGACCCUGCCCCCCUCGUCCUUCACCCCCCGCGACGUCCUGCACCACGUCGGAGCUGACAAGGUGGUGGCCGUGCUGGACGUGGGCCGCCAGGCCGAGCUGCGCAUGCGCCUCGGCGACUUCGUGGCGUACUGGGGGCCGCGGCGCGAGAGCGUGCUCAGCGUCACCGGCCUGGAGUUCUCGGACACGCGGCUGUCGAACCUGGUGCAGACCCCGCGGAUCGUGCGGAAGCUCUCGUGGGUGGAGAACCUGUGGCCGGGGGAGUCGGCGCGUGAGCGGCCGAGCGUGCAGAAAUUCUGCCUGAUGGGGGCCAAGGACAGCUACAGCGACUUCCACAUCGACUGCGGGGGCACCUCGGCCUGGUACCACGUGCUCAGGGGCGAGCAGAUCUUUUACCUGGCGCGUCCCUCGGCCGCCAACCUGGCGCUGUUCGAGGCCUGGAGCAGCUCCCGGAACCAGCCCGAGCUCUUCUUCGGGGACCAGGUGGAUCGGUGCUUCCGGUGCCACCUGCGCCAGGGCCAGACCCUCUUCAUCCCCACAGGCUGGAUCCACGCCGUGCUGACCCCCGUGGACUCGCUGGCCUUCGGGGGGCACUUCCUGCACAGCCUCAACAUCGGCAUGCAGCUCCGGGCGUACGAGCUGCAGCGUCGCCUCAACACCCCCGACCUGGCCAAGUUCCCCAAUUUUGAGACCGUCUGCUGGUACGUGGGGAGGCACCUGCUGGACACCUUCCGAGGACUGCGGGAGAACCGCCGGCACCCCGCGGCGUAUUUGGUGCUGGGAGCCCGAGCCCUGACCGGGGCCUUCCGAGCCUGGACCCGCCGAGAGGUCUUGGCAGAGCACGAGCAGGAGAUCCCCGAGACCGUCCGGCCAGGGCAGCUGAUCAAGGAACUGGGCAGGGAGAUCCGGCUGGCAGAGGAGCUGUUCCAGCAGAGCACGGGGAUGUCGGGGACCCCCUUCGGGCCCCCCUGGGGGGUCCCAGGCCCCAAAAAGGGGGGGCCCCGCAAGCCCCCCCAACUCCGCCACGACGAGGGGGACCCGAACCCCCAGCCCCCGAGGAGGAUGAGGAGCUCCCCCCUGGACCUGGACUCGGAGGAGGAGCUGCAGAUCGACGAGACCCCCCCGCGGCGGGGCCCGCGCCGCCUGCCCCGGCUCCCCCGCAAGCUGCCCCGGGCCAAGCCCUGCUCUGACCCCAACCGGGUGCGGGAACCAGGGGAGGUCGACUUCGACAUCGAGGAGGAUUACACCACGGACGAGGAGGAGGAGGGGGGCGCGGGGGGCAGCGCUGGGAUCCUGGACCUGCUCAAGGCCAGCCGGCAAGUGGGGGGCUCCGAGUACCCCCAGCUCAGCGAGGCCCCCGCCUCCCCCAGCACGCGUGAAGCCAUCCAGGGCAUGCUCUGCAUGGCCAACCUGCCCGCGGGGACCCCCCUGGGACCCCCCAACUGGUGGGGAGGGGGUGGGGGCAGUGAGAGGGGGGGUCCCGGGGGGUCUGGGGGCGCCCGCAGAGCCCCCCCCGCCCCCCGGAGCACCGACCGCGAGGCCGAGGGGAGCCUGGACGAGCAGGACAGCCUGGGGGCCUGCUUCAAGGAUGCUGAGUACAUUUAUCCCUCCCUGGAGUCAGAUGAGGACGACCCCGCCCUAAAAUCGCUCCCCAAAAAGAAGAAGGUGACGGACGACGCCCCCUGGAGCCCCAAAGCCCGGGUGACGCCGUCGCUGCCCCGGCAGAGCCGCCCGGUGCGGGAGGGGACGCGCGUGGCCUCGGUGGAGACCGGGCUGGCGGCGGCCGCGGCCAAACUGGCCCAGCAGGAGCACCGAAAGCUGCAGCGCAGGAAGGGCCCCGCCAAGCGCCGCCCCCCCUCGCCCCCCUCCCCGGAGGAGGAAGAGGAGGAGGAGGAAGAAGAGGAGGAGGAAGAGGAGGAAGAGGAGGAAGACGAGGAGCCCGAGGCCGAGCCCGGGGGGGAGGCCGAGCCCGAGGCGGAGCUCGGGGGGGGCCAAGCGGAGGCCGAGCCCCCCCCGGAGGCGGCGCCGGAGCCGCCGUACCAGCCUGGCCGACCACGAGUACACGGCGGCCGGGGGCCGGGACCCCCGGGGCUCAGCCCGGCCGAGCCCCCCGCCCAUGGCCCCGGCGUGUUCCUGAGCCAGCGCCGCGGCCCCCCCGGGACGGCGCCCCCCAGCCACGGGAAGCGCCCCCGGAAGGGUUUGGCCACAGCCAAGCAGCGCCUGGGCCGGAUCCUCAAAAUCCACCGCAACGGGAAACUGCUGCUCUGAGGGCGGGGCCGGCCACGCCCUGCCAGGCUCCGCCCACCGCAGGCUGAACAAUGAACUAUGGGCGGGGCUGCUGCGGAAAGGGGCGGGGCCUGAUGGAACCGCAUGUAUCAGAACAACGGUGUGAUCGCUAGAAGGGCGUGGCUCGAUUUAGGCUCCGCCCCUCCAGGUGUGGUCCCACGUGACCUCUCUGAGGCCGUGCCCGCAAUGUGGAUUCCGAUGAGACCACGCCCCAUCACAGCCCAAGCCACGCCCAUCGGUAAUGUAGGGUAAAACACGGGCGUGGCGACGAUAAUCCACGCCCACAUAGAUACAGACCACGCCCACAAAAGGGUGGAGCUGCAUCUGGCUCUGCCCACCACAUUUCCCACCUUCCCAUUGGCUGUGAAUGGGCUGGGGGCGGGGCUUUUGCAUUUCCCGCCUCCAGGAGCUCAGGCGAUUGGACAAGCCCCGCCCCAGAGCUGCGGGAGGGGCGGAGCCAUCUUUGAUUGGUCCCCGCUGGGAUUUUUUUUUUUCCCGCCCCCCAAGUGUCUUCAGGUUGAUUGACGGGGCGGGGCCGCUUCCCAUUGGUUGCCCCUGUUUUGUAGGCGU